AGUAAGAACGGAAAUGCGUGCGUGCUCUUUCAGCUCCGCCUUCCCUAUUUCGGACGCCAUUUUGUCGCUGACUUUCGCCCGCCGCACGGCGGUGCUUUUUUUUCUUAAAGGAGAAGCUACAAUGUUUUUUUUAAAUCCAUCCCGACCAUGAAACUUCGGAAAGAGCGGAUGAUGUGAAAACGAAGGAACAGAUUUUGGAAAGGUACCGUCUUUCUUUUCCUUUCAUCCUUAAAAGGAGAGGCUCAGGGCGAGCUCUGUGGCCCGAACUACGGGAGGGGGCGAUUACUACAGGACGAACUGUUUUUAAGGAACAGUGACCCUUGCGUAGCCUCAAAUAUUAUACGGAAGGGCGCGCGGAACCUCCAUAAGGAUAUAUCUUCGAAUGAGCAGUUGAGAGCGUUUAACUUGGCGCGUGAGGGGAUAACUGUUAAACGGCUUCAGUUUUACGAAGAGCGCGCGCCACGGCCAGAAUUCAGACAGCGCGUGCACGCGCUGGUUCCCGAUGAGACUCGCCAGUUGAUUGGCUUACCCGGCUUACUGCUGUAAUUGGUUGACUCGCGAAGGGGUGGGUGGGGUGUGUCUUGUAUCUUUCCUCCUGAUUGGCUGGCGUCGGGAGCUCUUACGUGCCGCUUCAACUUUGAACUUGUGCUCGAUUGGGCUCGCUCGCGGGCGAACGAGGGGGGUCGUGUCGUAGAGAGGCGGGGUGAGCGCAGAGCGCAGCUGACAGGAGGAAGAGGGGGGAACCGCGGCUGGGGUCCCCUCCGCCAACUGCUCUGAUGCCGGGGGCGUCCGAGCAGGCGGAGACCCAGCAGGAAGAGCCGCAGCCGCCGCCGCCGCAAGAGAGAGAAGAGGAGCGGGUUCCGCCUCCCAGCGGCCGCCGGCGUCCCCCGCCCCCUCCCACCGUCGCUGUCGAGCAAGGGGAGGAGUCUAGCGGCAGCCGAGGGCUCCGGGGAGGCCGGGACCGCGGACGGGCGGCUGCCGCUGCGGCCGCUGCUGCUGCUGCAGCCGCCGCCUCACGCCGAAGAAAGGCCGAAUAUCCCCGACGGCGCCGCAACAGUCCCGGCGGCCGGCAGAGCCAGGAGCCUGAGGAGCCCACACCUGCUGCCGGGGCUGAGGAGGAACCGCCACCAACUGCCGCUCCGCCCGCCGCCUGCAAGAAGGGGACCCCGCGCGGCGCGUACUUGGACAAAGCUGCAGUAAAAGAUCCCAAAGAAGAGGCAGAAGAGGAAGAAGUCUCCAGUAUUAUUGCUGCUGGAACCCCAGUCAGUACUGCCAGGCCUAGUCGGGGCUGGCGUAGCAACAGGGCAGCUGCCUCUAUUCAAGGUGAUGCAGAGAAUUCAAGGAGCUCUAGAUCCAAGACCGGGUCCCUGCAGCUCAUCUGCAAGUCGGAACCAAACACAGACCAGCUAGAAUUUGAGAUCACUGAAGAGCACUCAUCCCCAACUGGAAUCAGCGAUGAAGAAAUGUUCAUCAGUGAAGAAGAUGCUCCCUUCAAAGAUGAUCCGAGAGAUGAAACUUAUAAGCCCCACUUAGACAGGGAAGCUCCAAAGCAAAAGAAAAAAACUGGGAAGGGUAAAGAAGAAAAACAGAAAGAGAUUAAAGUAGAAGUGGAAGUAAAAGAAGAAAGUGAGUUUCGGGAAGAUGAGGAACCACCUAGGAAGAGAGGGAGAAGGAGAAAAGAUGAUAAAAGCCCGCGGCUUCCAAAAAGGAGGAAGAAACCACCAAUACAGUAUGUACGUUGUGAAAUGGAAGGAUGUGGCACUGUCCUUGCACACCCUCGCUAUCUGCAGCAUCACAUCAAAUAUCAGCAUCUGCUGAAAAAGAAAUAUGUAUGUCCUCAUCCUUCUUGUGGGCGACUCUUCCGGCUCCAGAAACAACUUCUGCGACAUGCUAAGCACCACACAGAUCAAAGGGAUUAUAUUUGUGAAUAUUGUGCUCGUGCUUUCAAGAGUUCUCACAAUCUGGCAGUUCACCGAAUGAUCCAUACAGGCGAGAAGCCAUUGCAAUGUGAGAUCUGUGGAUUCACCUGCCGCCAGAAGGCCUCAUUGAACUGGCACAUGAAAAAGCAUGAUGCAGAUACAUUUUAUCAGUUUUCCUGCAAUAUCUGUGGAAAGAAGUUUGAAAAGAAGGACAGUGUUGUAGCACAUAAGGCCAAGAGCCACCCAGAGGUGCUUAUUGCUGAAGCACUGGCAGCCAAUGCAGGCGCACUCAUCACCAGCACUGACAUCCUUGGUACCAAUCCAGAAUCUAUUAUCCAGCCCACUGACAGCCAGGGUCUUCCCCUUCUUCCAGAUCCCAUUGGAAAUGCUACUCCUGGAGAAUGUCUACUGCUGAAUCCUGAUGGCAUGGCUAAGGCGUAUUGCAGCGGGAGUGACCGGGUCAAUCUUAUGGCCGAUGGAAAGAUCUUUGUUGGCAAUGCUAGUGGGGAAAGCACAGAAGGGCUAGUAAUGAACUCAGAGAUACUUGGAGCUACCACUGAAGUUCUAAUUGAAGAUUCUGAUUCUGCAGGACCUUAGUGGAAAAGGAGCACAUGUGUGUUGGAACAAGAUGAACUUGUAUUUAAAAGGGUAAAUGGGGGAAACCUGUUCAACAUAGAGAAACUAUAACAUUAAACUACUAGUCAAAUAACUAAAGGGCCUCUCCCCCCCUCUGCCUUGCUCCGUCCCACCCACCCCCACAGAUCACUACACAUUCUUUCACCAUUCCUUUCUUGAAGAGGAAUGUUGCCUUUAUGCAGACUGACAAAGCAAAGGAAUUUUUGCAAUGCAGUAAAGGGAAGCAGCCAGAGCCUCUCCCUCUCCUUGCCCUCCAAAGUAAGCAAACUUCCUGCUUCUUGACCAUGUUGCAAGAUUGGAGGUGUUUGUACUCUGGACCAGUAUUUUGUUUUCAGAGCCCUCCUUUGCUCCUCAACUUGCACCAUCCUAUUCUAUGCAUUGACCCUUGCAGGCUCUUAGCUUUCCUUCUAGGGUUUGAGAAUAUAGCUUGGCACUUUAGAACCCCGCAGCAGAAUGAGCUGUAAAACAGCAUCUCUUUUCCCUCUCCCCCAUUUACCCCCUCUGCUGGUGUAAAGAAAGAGAGGGGAUAAUGCUGGCACUCUGGUGCUCUCUUUUUCCAAGAAGAGUGCCAUCCUUUUGUACCAUUGCUCUGGCUGCAAAAGUGCUGUGUGGGAGAGGUAGUGAGAAUGGGUGCUAGGCUUUGUAAAAGAAAACUUGCACUUUGAACAUGUCUUGUUUUUAAGUUGUGAUAACAAAUCUUUAUUUAUUUGCUUUUUUAAAAAAGAUCUGUUUUGGUUUUUGUCUAGGAAGGAUUUUUUAAUUUCAAAACUGAAAAUCCUUUGUAAGGAUAUAAAACAGGCAGCCGCUUCAGCAAACCAUGUUUAAAGAACUGUUCCUCACCCAAAGUGAAGGAAGCACUUUUGGAGCAGAAUGUUAUGUAGUGCCCUUUCUGGUUAAUGGCGAAGCUCUUGUUUGCUUCAGCAUUUGUUGCUUGCAGAGGAAAAAAAAAUUUGUGGCGUUGCAACAACUGCAUCAAAGAUUUGACCUUCUGCAAUCAUUAAUCCAAUUGUCCUAAUAUUUUGCUUAUGUGUGUUGCAUUGUUAGGUUUGCAUUUCCCUCUAGUUUUGGUGGGCUAAAUGCCACUAAGCGCAGCAUCUGUUCUGUUAAUUGCUAGUAACUCAUCUUCUAAGACAGUCUGCUUCUUAAGACAUCUUUACAGACAAAACUGGCAUUGGGGAGGAACAACUGCGAGGCACAUAUCCUCUUGUUUCUGUGAAUUUUGGUGGCUUGGGCAUUAAUAGAGGGUGAAACAUGCCUGGAAUUUUGUAGAGGGCUUAGAAAAAUAGUGUGACACUUCUAAUCAGCUCAUAAUUUACUAAACUCAACUUACCAGCUCGUAAUUUGCAUGAACUUUUAGCUAUUAUUUCAAGCUCAUUGUGGCAGAAUACCCUGGUGAUUAGUCUUCUCUCUAGUGGCUAAUAUUCCUAUAGCUAAAAACGCAGUUGAGUUCUGUUGGGAUUAAUCAUGGCUAAGGACUGAUGCCUUUUUGUUUAUUGCUGUUACCUCCUGUAGGUCUGAACUGAACCCUCUUGUGUGGCACUAGCCAACAUUAAUACAUACCCAGCCAUAUUUCUUUGUAGCAGUUCUAAUUGUUUGGCUAGUAGUUGAUUUGUUUACUUAGCUCUGGAAGCUGAACAUUGACAGACUAUAAGAAGUGGUCUGUUGCAACCUGGUACCUUUAGUUUUUGCAGUCUGGCCGCAGGUUUGUCAGCAACUAGUUGGGCUGCAAUACAUUACUGGUGUAUUGCAUGCACACUAGGAGUUACCUAUUGUAGAAGACUCACAUGAGCUACUUACUUCAUGAUUGAGAUUGGCACCAGAAAGACUAGCAAUCUUUUGCAGUAAAAAGCUUGUUUUGCACACUGUUGAGGAGACUGCCAUCCAUAUUGGCUAGAGUGUGCAAUAUUUUGCUGCUUUACCAGUAAGAUCGAAUCAUAAUACAGAUUCUCUUCUAGUGCAGAAGUGACUUGUUUAAGUUUAAGAAAAGAGGCUGUUGAUAGGUAGCUGGCAAUUUACUUGAAGUCCUUUCCAUCUUGAAUUACUGUCAGCCUCUUGUCUACCUUUCCUAGAUAGUUCUGUUAGUCGGUCUCUCUCUCUCAUUGGGUUAAGUUUGUAUGUGGUUUUGUUAAAAGUAACAUAGUUUUAUGUUUAUCUAGGACAGUCCCUUGCACUCUAGAGUAGAUAGUUUCUGUUUUAGGUGUAUAAGCUGAAAACCAUUUGUCCUGACAUAAAAUGGUCCUGCUGCUUCCCUUUAAUGUCUCUCCCACCAUACGCAUGCAGUUUUACUUCAUUCAGUUAUUAUAGCAGUUGCAAUAAACUAUAUAUUUUUUUCUAGUAAGCUUUUUUCCCAUGGGAAAGAAGCAUGGUGCUGGGGGUUGAAGCUGUAUAAUCUCUUCUCUGUAAUAUGAGGUAGUUUACAGUAACUAAUUUUACAUAAACCCACUCCAGAUGCAGUCCCAUAGUCUUGAUGUAUUUGUAACUUCAUUCUGGCUCUGUUAGCCUUGGAUCCCCUUAUUAGUACUGUAUAGGGGAUGAUCUGAAACCCCCUCCAGUGAUUGAACUAAGCUUGUUUGCUAGACGAGCACAUGUUUUCCUUUCAGCGUUUUGUCAGAACAGCAGCAAAAUAGAACUGAUGAGUAUAGGAAGCUCAGGAGUUUUUAAAGGAUUAAUCCUUAGUGUAUGAUAAAUGGUCCAUCUACUUCAAAUAGUUACUGAAUAAUGGCAGCAUACUGAAGCCUUUGGUGGGAGGGGAGGGGGAGAACUGCUAAAUCCAUGGAGAAGCUUUCCAGGAUGAUAGUGAAGUACUGGGGGAAACUCUUCUAGCAUUGUGAAUCCUACCAGACAAGGGGUAGGAUUUGCAGUACUUAGCAGAACUACCUGAAGUAGUAGCCACUGGGUGGCAACAGAGCUGUGUUGCAUUGUGGCACACCCCUAUUUUUUAGUGUUAAGUGGAGGGAUGGUUGAGUUGACAAGUCUUUGAUUGCUUAAAAGCCUUGUUGCAUAUAAAAAUUUCCACAAAGUGAGGGUGGAGAUUUGGUUGGGGGGUGUCGGGGGAGGGGCAGUGAUCCAUAUUGAUAAAAGGUUGUGUAUACAAAAGGAAAUAAAACAAUAAAAAGGGACACUGUUUUU